CGGGCUCGCCCCCGCCGCCGCCCCGCUCAGAGGCAGCAGCAGCAGCAGCGGCGUCGGCAGCGCCAUGCAGGCCAACGGGGCAGGAGGGGGCCAGCAGCAGCAGCCGCCGCAGGGGCCGGCGGGCCCGGAGCUGGGCUGCCUGGGCGCCCAGAACGGCGAGGCCUCGGCUGGCACGGCCGCCGGCGACCAGCUGGCCCACGCCAACGGGCUGCUGCCCUCGGCCAACAGCGGCGGCGGCAGCCCCGGCGGCCUCAGCGUCAACAACGGGGUGCCCGCCGCCGGGGGCCCCGGCCCGGCCGCCGCGGAGCUGGGGGGCGGCAGCGGCGGCAGCGCCCUGAAGAAGAAGAAGCGGCUCUCGCAGUCCGACGAGGACGUGAUCCGGCUGAUCGGGCAGCACCUCCACGGCCUGGGCCUCAACCAGACUGUUGAUCUUCUCAUGCAAGAGUCAGGAUGUCGUUUAGAACAUCCUUCUGCUACCAAAUUCCGCAAUCAUGUCAUGGAAGGAGAAUGGGAUAAGGCUGAGAACGACCUGAAUGAACUUAAGGCCUUAGUGCAUUCUCCGCAUGCAAUUGUGAGGAUGAAGUUUUUGCUGCUGCAGCAGAAGUACCUGGAAUACCUGGAGGAUGGCAAGGUCCUGGAGGCACUUCAAGUUCUACGCUGUGAACUGACGCCUCUGAAAUAUAAUACAGAACGCAUUCAUGUCCUCAGUGGGUAUCUGAUGUGUAGCCAUGCAGAAGACUUGCGUGCAAAAGCAGAGUGGGAAGGGAAAGGAACAGCUUCCAGAUCUAAACUUUUGGACAAACUCCAGACGUACCUGCCCCCAUCAGUGAUGCUUCCUCCAAGGCGUUUACAGAACCUGCUACGUCAGGCUGUGGAACUACAACGGGACCGGUGCCUAUAUCAUAAUACAAAACUAGAUAGUAAUCUAGAUUCUGUCUCGCUGCUAAUAGAUCAUGUUUGUAGUAGGAAACAGUUCCCAUGCUAUACACAGCAGAUACUAACGGAGCACUGUAAUGAAGUGUGGUUCUGUAAAUUCUCCAAUGAUGGCACUAAACUAGCAACAGGAUCUAAGGACACAACUGUUAUUAUAUGGCAGGUUGAUCCAGAUACUCACCAGCUAAAACUACUUAAGACGUUAGAAGGUCAUGCGUAUGGUGUCUCUUAUAUUGCUUGGAGUCCAGAUGACAACUAUCUUGUUGCCUGUGGCCCAGAUGAUUGUUCUGAGCUUUGGCUCUGGAAUGUACAAACUGGGGAGCUGAGGACAAAGAUGAGCCAAUCUCAUGAAGACAGUUUAACAAGCGUGGCCUGGAAUCCUGAUGGGAAGCGUUUUGUAACAGGAGGUCAGCGUGGACAGUUCUAUCAGUGUGAUUUAGAUGGUAAUCUCCUUGACUCCUGGGAAGGGGUGAGAGUGCAAUGCCUUUGGUGCUUGAGUGAUGGGAAAACUGUUCUAGCAUCGGACACACACCAGCGAAUUCGGGGUUAUAACUUUGAGGAUCUUACAGACAGGAACAUAGUGCAAGAAGAUCACCCUAUUAUGUCGUUUACUAUUUCAAAAAAUGGCCGUUUAGCUUUGUUAAAUGUAGCAACUCAGGGAGUUCACUUAUGGGACUUACAAGACAGAGUUUUAGUGAGAAAGUAUCAAGGUGUUACACAAGGAUUUUACACAAUUCACUCGUGUUUUGGAGGUCAUAAUGAAGAUUUCAUUGCGAGUGGCAGCGAAGAUCACAAAGUAUAUAUUUGGCACAAGCGUAGCGAGCUGCCAAUUGCGGAGCUGACAGGGCACACACGUACUGUUAAUUGUGUGAGCUGGAACCCGCAGAUUCCAUCCAUGAUGGCCAGCGCCUCUGAUGAUGGCACUGUUAGAAUAUGGGGACCAGCGCCUUUCGUAGAUAACCAGGAUAUUGAAGAGGAAUGCAGUAGCAUGGAUAGUUGAUGGCGAAUUUGGAGCAGACGACUUCAGUUUAACUUAAUUAGUCGUAUUUUAAAUGGCUUGGGAUUUGGUGCAAACAAACAUGAUUGAUAGCUGGACAGACAUGCUCGUCAUGAAAAAGAACCAUUUCUGAAGCCCGGUUGGGGCCAAACAUUUACCACCUUGCUUCAUAGUAACCAGUCGAGAUGAAGCACGUCGUUAGAACGUUGUUGGACACCGUGUUGAAAU